AUGCUGGACCUCCUCCGGGUGGGGCAGCUAGCUGUGAUCCUCGGCAAUGCUCUCUUCAUCCAUGGUGGGCUUUAUGAUGAUGCGCUUGGCGCUGUGCCUGGUGAAGAGCUGCUCAAGGAUACCAUGAACUCCUGGGCGGCAGCCCUGAACGAAUGGAAGGACGCACAACUCCGCGACUUCGAGUUGCGGCCCUUCUGGCGUCAGGAGGAUGGCGCCUACCGCCGUGGUGGCGACCUGCUCAUUGACUACGGAUCUCCAGGCGGUGCUGACAACAAGACCAUUGUCUAUCACAACCCUUUCAACAAUGGCAACCCCGCCCAGCGGUCUGCCAGCGUCGAGGACUUCCUGGCAAAGUCCGGCAUUCGCAGAGUCUUCAGUGGGCACCAGCCACAUGGCGAGAGUCCCACGGUGGUUCGCCACGUGCGGUCGGGCCUGCUGGUCAUCACAGCUGACACGUCGUAUUCCAACAUGAGCGCCCUGAAGCUCUUCAACCAGGCUAACAACCGUGGGGAAGUGGUGACGAGCGUGCGAGUUACAGGCGAAGAAGUUCACCUUGAGGGCAUUCUCCGUGACGGGUCGAAGCACAAGUGCACGCUGCACUGCGACCCCACAAAGGACGAAAUGCCAGACGCUCUUGUGGGCUGCCAGCUGAAUGAUGGAUCUUGGGUGAAGACAGUGUUAGACGACGGUCGAGUUCUUGCUGCGCUGGGCAAGCGGUUUCAGGUAAGUGUCCAGGCCAUGCAUCCAGGGAAAGCAUGCCUCAUGCUCAAGAGUGUCUACUGCGAGGAGAAGCUCUCGGUCAGUCUCAAGAACCUCUCGGCAGAAUGGCUCCUGGAAUCCGAGCUCGAGGUGCAGCUAUGCCCUGGGCCCGAGCCAAGCGGCUCCGAGGGCAUUGAGAACUCGUACAGUGCGACGCAGUUCAAGAGGGAGGAGUUUGACAGUGCCGAGACCUACAUCUUUGACGGCCAUGGCACCUUGUGGGGCGUACGCGGCCAGUCGCAGUCCAUGUCCAACAUGGACUUGGAGAGGCAGGUCGUGGACAACGUGAAUCAGCUGAUCCUGGCUGGUAAAAGGGUCAUUUUCGCGACCAACGACUCCAACUACUCCCGGAGAAUGUACGUUGACAGGCUGUUGAAGCAUGGCAUCCAGCUGUGUGCUGACGACACGCACUCGAAGAAGCAGGCGAGGCAGAAGGUGGUCACUGCAUCUUUCACCUGCGCCUGGUUCUUGAAGAAGGCGUUGAUCCGAAAGCCCUUCGUGAUCUGCUCCCACAUGGGCCUCUUGGAGGAGUUGAAGGAGGCUGGAAUCACAGACUAUGUUGCCACCAUCGAUGAGGACGGCCACCCAAAACCAGAGUACUCCAAACCAGUGACCAAGGACAACGUGACUGAACUUGUCCAUCGCUCUAAAGAUGUGGAUGCGAUCGUCGUGGGCUGGGACCAGCAACUGACAGCUCUCAAAGUGGCAGUCGCCGCCGCGUUCCUGAAGUUUAGCCGCGAGUGCGCAGAAGAAGGGCAGAACGUCAUGCAGAUUGUGCAGUGCUCCUCUGACCACGCAGGAGUACUGGGCGUUACCUCAGAAGAUUUCCUGCCUGGGCGCAACUGGUGCAACCGGAGUAUUCCUGCGGUGGGGAAUGGGACCAUGUGCCAGAUGAUCUGCAGCUCUGUUGGUGCUGACAUCCAGGCUAUCGACGUCGGAAAGCCCUCCGAAGUGCUGAUCGAGGCCCUGCGCCGACCGGUCGAGGAGGAGGGUUACGGUGUUGAGCUGGACAAGGCAGUGAUCGUCGGCGACACGCUAAACACUGACAUCGAGCUGGCGGUGAGAAGCGGCAUGAGGUCCUUGCUCGUUUUGAGUGGUGUCACAAACCGCUCUCACCUGGACCAGCUUCGCGACACGACCCGCUUACCAACCUGGGUUGCAGAAAGCUUCGCGCACAUCUAG